UUCAUUGCAGCAUCAGGACACACCAGCUUCUGUGUGCAGAUCUAGGACAUAUCGCAGUGACACUCACACUCAUUUGGAUCUUAAAUUUUAAGGAGUAACUGGGAUAUAUUAUCAUCUUCACAGUGGAUUUAAGGCUUUUAUUAACUUCUUUGAUGAACAGAUCCAGAAAUGAGCACUGCAUGAAAAACAAGUAUCCAGGUUUUCUUUGAGGGAUUUCUGUACAGUACUCUGGAUUAUAUAUGUCGUGUUCUGGAUAAGUUUACAUGCAGGCCACUGGUGGGAUUUGGAUAUGGUGGACCUAACGUGACCAGAUUUGUCCCUCCUCUCAUUCUGGAGACGAACACUCUGGUCAUGAGACUGAGACACAGUGUGACUCUGCUGCUGCUGAUGAUAAUGAUCCUGCUGGACUUCACAAACUGUGAGUUCACUUUCACUCCUGAGAGGUUGUGCAAGUGCUCUUACUCUCAAAAAGAUGUUUGGACGCUGCCACCUCCCAGCAGAGUCUCCAUGGAGUCUGUUGACAUGAGACACGUACUGAGGUGGCACCCACUGCAAACUCCCUGCGACACUGCAGUCCGGUACUCUGUGCAGUUCCAGGGGGAGUUUGAGCUGACGGUCCUGAACGGCAGCUGGGUUGAUGCUUCUGAGUGCCAGCAGACUCCUCACACUCACUGUGACCUGACCUUCGACCUGGGCUCCGACUCCGACUACAACCUCCACGUCCAAGCACAGUGCGGGUCCCAGCUGUCGCCCUGGACCGCACUCAGCCCACCUUUCAACCGCAGAGACACGGUCCUGAUGGCACCGGAGAUGGUAGUGACGGCGAUGGGCAACGCCCUUCAGGUGUCGUUCGAGAAGCUUCCUCUCACUGCUGUUGUCAGGGUGACGAUGUGGAAGAGAGGCAACGAGCAACAGACUGCUGUGUAUACGAUGUUGGCUGAGCAGAAGAUGCUACACUUCAACACCCUGCAGGAGGGAGCGGUGUACUGCGUCAAAGCUCAGACUGUCCUGCACACACAGCUCCACAGCAGCAACACCGACACCCAGUGUGUGUCCAUCACAGGUCCAGACGCUCCAUGGAAGAGCCUGACCGCUGUGACUGUGACUGUUAUCUUCAUGGCAGGUCUCCUGUUUGCUGUGUUCUGGUUCAUCGUUCACUGUCGUCCAGAUGCUUGUCGAACGUAUUUCCAGAAAGAGCCACUGGUCCGCUCACUGAAACCUGAUUGGGACAUUCAAAUGCCGAUGAGCCCUGAGGAGGUGGAGCUUUGUGAGCAGAUCCACGUGGUGCAGAGAGUCGACUCUCAAACCUAGAAGAGUCACUGCACCUGUAGAAGAUCAAAGUACUGAACUUUUAUUCUUCGUGGGAAAAAAAAGAAAGGAAAACAACAAGGAAACUAUUUACAGCUGAGCUUUGUAAAUGUUUCAUGACUGCGAGCCUCUGCUGCUCCCUGGUUUAAUGACCAGUAUCGGGCACCUUGGAGACUGUCCAAAAACUUUUGUUUACAUUUAAGUGACAAAGCCUCUACGGGGGCCGAAGGAAUAAUGACUCUUGUCUGCCGGGAUGGAUGUACUUUGAGUUAUUAACACAUCCUUUAAAUGUACAUUUAAUUAAUCAAUAUCAGUUUUUAAAAUGAUAGUUAUGUUUGUUACGUCUAUUUAUUCUAGUGCACACUCCCAGUGCCUGAAGUACACCAAAGAAGGUGCCUGCACCCCAAUUCAACACAACCCUAACCCUAAAUAUUUUGGUGUUUUUUAGCCUUUUUAAAAAAAAAUUCAGUGCUGUUUUCUUUGCUACGUGUUCACAGUUACACAGUUGUUUAGGAGUUCCUCACCAGCAUUGGUGUGCGCAGGGUUUUAAUUCAAUUCAAUUCAAUUUUAUUUGUAUAGCGCCAAUUCAUAACAGAAGUUAUCUCAGGACUCUUUUCAAAUAGAGCAGGUCUAGACCGAACUCCUCAUAACAUUAUUUACAGAGACCCAGCAGUACCACCAUGAGCAAGCACUUGGCAACAAGGGCAAGGAAAAACUUCUAAAAAACUUUUAGAAAUAUGAAGGUCCAAAGCUGAAUGGGGGUUUUGGGGCAUGAAAGCAAUUAUUUUUAAAAUACAAUUAUUAUUUUACCUGUUGGAAAAAAAUACCAAUGACCUCAGAGUGGACAAAAACUAGAAGUGCCAUUUCUGGUACUGCACUCCUGACUCCAUAUCUUAGAAUCCUGUAUCUACUGUUACCACAUUAAAUCCUCAAUCUGAAUGGCUUCAGAUACAAGUUACGGUUAAAUGCAAGGGCUGCCAUUAUUUUGACAGAUAUUACGAUUCACAAUUAGUGGAAAUUAUCAUUUUUGCAUCACAAUUUUAGUUUUCACUGACAAAACGAUUAAAAUCCCGAUAAUGUGACAUUUGUUGGACCAAACAAACAUAUUUUCUUCACAUUUGGCAUCUCUGCAGCACUGACGUACUUUGUCAUGAUGCGGUUUUACACUCGAUUUUGAUAAUAUUUCGAUUAGUUUUGCUGCCCUGUUUUCUUGCAUGUUCUGAUUCUCUCUUGGGAGACUUAAGUUAACAUGGAUUCUCUUGUGUUAAAUGGUAAUUAUGAUCCAUCUCUGAUAUUAGAUCAAAAAUAUUAUAUCAUCACUGAGAAAAGUGUUAAUUUUGUCCCAUAACCUGACCGAGACCACAAACAUAAAAAUAUUAAAAUUGCAGAACAUAUGUUAUGUAAAUAAAUGUUUUAAUACUUUAAUACAGUGUUUUAUAAAUGUAAUUUUCAAAUGAAGAUCUUUGCGUAAUAUUUUCUUCGUUGCAGAAAACAAAAAGUUUCUGAAAAAUGAAAAAAAAAAUCUUUACACCAAAGUAUUUAUUUUCUGUGACAUUUGACCCGAACGACAUACACAGUUUUAUGUAACGUGUCCCAGAAGUCAACCACAGAAGUUUGUUCAUGGUGCUGUUAUGUAUAAUGUUAUAGCGUUUUUAUUGUUUUGGUGGCGUUUUAUUACAUUUAUAUUGUGUUUUUUUUACAUAAAUCUUGAUGAAAUUAAGUGAA